AUGAGAUCGAAAGAACUUAUCUGUCUUGCCUUAAGUUGCUUCUCAGCACUUGUCCGAGCUUGUGGCGGACAUGAUCAUCCAGUUAGAGAAUGGACUCAAGAGGAGCUUGACGAAUUAGAAAAGAAAUGGGGGGCGGAGUGGGGGUUCUCGGGUAUUUCUACGUUCGCCCACCUGGAAUAUCACAAGUGUCUGACGACGCCGAGCGAGCUCUUCGACAUCGCCAUCAUCGGCGCUCCCUUUGAUACCGCCGUGAGUUACCGGCCCGGAGCGCGCUUCGGCCCCCGCGCCAUCCGCGCGGCCUCGGCACGACAGACCUCCUUCCGGGGCUUCAACCCCCGCGCCGGAAUCAACCCCUACGCGAGCUGGGCGCGGAUCCUGGACUGCGGGGACAUCCCCGUGGUGCCGGUCGACAACGCGGUGGCGGUGAAGCAGAUGACAGCCGCGUUCACGGAGCUCGGCGCGCGCCCCCCGUCUUCGCCCUCCCUACACCCGCGCCCCAAGCUCGUCACGCUAGGCGGCGAUCACAGCCUCUCCCUGCCGGCGCUGCGAGCGGCGUUCGCGGCCCACGGCCCGCUGCGCGUGCUCCAUUUCGACGCGCACCUGGACACCUGGCACCCGGCCAAGUACCCCAGCUACUGGGCGUCGGAGCAGUCGCGCUUCACGCACGGCUCCAUGUUCUACCUGGCCGGGGAAGAGGGGCUGAUCGCGAACGGGAGCGGGUCCGCGAGCGUGCACGCCGGGCUGCGGACGCGGCUGUCGGGGCUGGAAGACUACGAGGACGACGACGCGCAGAACUGGGUGCGCAUCAGCGCGGACGACGUGGACGAGCUGGGGACCAAGGGGGUCGUGGAGAGCAUCGUGGGGACGCUGGGGACGGAGGACCCGGUGUACUUGUCGGUCGAUAUCGACGUGCUGGAUCCGGCGUUUGCGCCGGGGACGGGGACGCCGGAGCCGGGAGGGUGGACUACGCGGGAGCUGAUACGGAUACUGAGGGGGAUCGAGGGGUUGAAUGUUGUGGGGGCGGACGUGGUGGAGGUUGCGCCGGCGUAUCAGGGGGUUGGGGAGGAGACGGCGCUGGCGGCGGCGCAGGUUGUGUUUGAGAUAUUGAGUAGUAUGAGUAAAAAGAAGGAACAAGCCAAAUCAAGUGCUACUUCUUAUCAACACUUUUAA